AACUCCCUCCCGAUGGUCGUGCGGCCGGAGCAGGAAGCUCGUGGGUGCAGGCGACGACCGGACACUCUGGUGACGACCCUGACAAAACGAUCAGGUGCCCUAUAUAAGACCCGACGGAGAUUUCUAUCCCACAGUCAAACCCAAGCUGCCUCAACAUGAAGUUUGUGAUCCUCGCCGCCCUGGCCUCCGUGGCCCUCGCCGCCCCCCAGUACUCCUACGACGCCCCCGCCAGGGACUCCAGCGAGGAGCGCGAAUUCAUCCCCAUCCUUAGGGACGAACGCGUCCACGAGGAGGACGGAACCUACAACCUGGACGUGGAGACCGGCAACGGCAUCGUCGUUUCCCAGUCCGGCUCCCCCGACGGCCCCGAUGGCUCCGUGGUGAAGGCUGGAGAAUACUCCUACACUGCCCCUGACGGCACCCCCGUCCACGUCAAGUUCGUCGCCGACGGCAACGGCUACCAGCCCCAGUCUGACCUGCUGCCCGUAGCCCCCGCCUUCCCCCACCCCAUCCCCCAGUUCGUGCUGGACCAGAUCGCCUUCGCCGCCGAGGAGGACGCCAAGCGCGCCCGCGGUGAGCUGGACUCCUCCGAGGAGAGCUACAACUACGCUCCCCCAGCUCCCUCCAGCUCAUAUGGAGCUCCCCAGUAACUGAUGCAAUGACACCAUGUGAAAGUGUACAAGUAAUUUAUUUGUCAUAACGAUACCUACCUAAUAUAUAUAUAUUACUGAAGAAA